UGUUGCCUUUGUCAUUCGGUUUUCUGCUGCACUUCUCAAACAGACAUGUUUAAUGUUUAAAAAGCGGGCUUGCUGAGAAGAGAUGGAGGCCCUGCUAAACCAGUGGCUGUGGCAGGACAGGUACUGGCUGCCUCCCGGCAUGCACUGGCAGGACAUGGAGACAAGCGAAGGUCACUAUCCACUACCCAGAGAUCUCAUUUUCACUCUGCCAGUGGCCUUUGCCUUCAUAGCCUUCAGAUAUGUUUUUGAGAGGGUCCUGGCUGUCCCAUUAAGCAAACGUUUAGGUGUGAAGGACCGGAUUAGGAUUCGAGCUGCUCCUAUUCCCAAACUGGAGGACUUCUACAAACAGACCAACCGUCAGCCGUCACAAAGUGAGCUGGCGAGCUUGGGAAAGCAUUGUGGACUCUCCCUGUCAAAGAUUCGAAGCUGGUUCAGGCACAGAAGAAACCAGGACCGACCCACCAACACCAAAAAGUUCUGCGAGGCCUCUUGGCGCUUUGUCUUCUACCUCGCAGCUUUCACAGCAGGGCUCACCUCUCUGCUCGACUCUCCAUGGUUUUGGGAUCACAGGGAGUGUUGGCAGGGUUUUCCUAAGCAGAUUGUCACCAAUGCCCACAGCUGGUAUUACACCUUGGAACUGGGCUUCUAUCUGUCUCUGCUUCUCUCUGUCUCUGUGGAUGUGAAGCGAAAAGAUUUCAAGGAGCAGGUCAUUCAUCACAUUGCCACCAUAUUUCUCAUUGGUUUCUCCUACUGCAGCAAUUACGUGAGAAUUGGCACACUUGUGAUGCUGGUGCAUGACUCGUCUGACUUCCUGCUCGAGUCUGCCAAGAUGUUUCACUAUGCCGAGUGGACGAAAACGUGUGACUCGCUGUUUGUCAUCUUUUCUGUGGUUUUCCUGAUUACACGGCUGGUGGUGUUUCCUUGCAGAAUCAUCCACACAACAUUGGUGUUGUCUCUUGACUUCUUCAAGCCCUUCUUUGGUUAUUACUUCUUCAAUGCCCUCCUGCUAGUACUGCAAGCUCUGCACAUCUUCUGGGCCUACCUAAUCCUGCGUAUGAUCUGCAAGUUUAUGUUCAAGGGAAAGGUGGAGCGGGACGAGCGCAGUGAUGAGGAGAGCGAGGCAGACGAGGAAGAGGAGCCUGAGGAAGAAGAUGAGAGGAGCUGGGAGCAGAGGAAGGGCGCCAUCAACACCAAGUUGGCGUCGCUAUCGAACAACUGCAUGCUCAACAACUUGACUAACCAGAGAAAUCUUAACAGCAGACUGCCCAAAGCCAGAUAGUCCGGGCAAAGUUGAUUCAUUCCUGACAAAUGUACCUUAAAACAGUCCAUCAAUGAUUUCAUGCCACCGUCAGCCAGCAUCUUGCUUUUCUUCGUUCAACAAAAAAAAGGCAGCAAAAAGCACAAAUGAUUGUAAAUCUAUGUGCCGAGUGUCACAUUGGAAGGAAACGCCCUCACUCUUUUCAUUUGAAUUCAGAAUCUCUGAAAAGUGUAUGUUUUCAUUUUGUAUUUAUGGCAUUUCCUGUCAGUGUUUUUAUACAUGAGAUCAUUUCAUUGAUAGUUUAGAACAGUUUUUCUCAUGUUUUAUUGAGCCAGGGCCUCUCAUUUUACAUUAGAAAAAUCUCACGGCACACCACCAAUCAAAAUGCCACAAAAUUUAUGUAGACGGAAAUAAUGAUCCCGUCUCAAUUUACCCCAAAAUUGGAUUAGUGUAAAAUCUGGGACUGUUUAAUUGAGCACAAAGCUGAUAGGUUCACAGGAAACCUUGUCUUAUUCUGUUGUCUGAAUGGCAACAGAUGGAUACACAGGUUUAUUGUACCUUUUGCCAUCUACAGAUCAUUUCCACAGCACCUCUGAUGAUCUCUCACAGCACACCACACUGGUGUAGAAAACAGAUUUCUUUUUAAAUUCAACUACGACCGUUAAAUUGCCCAUGAAGAUAUGGCUUUAAUGUUUUAAACAAGAAUUUCCAUCAUCAUAGGCUGACUGUGCGUAGGGAUUUUUCUUAAAGGUAAAUUUGGUGUUUUAACCACUUCCGCGACUAUUUUUAUCAACUGUUUUUGAGUAUUGGGGCCACAGUGAAAAGAAAUGUCAUUUACUUCAAUUAGAAAAUGAAGUUGUAAUUAUGAGAAUAAUGUCAUUUGAAUUAGUUUUUUUGUUUUUUUUUUGCAAGAAUUAAGUAAUAUUCUUAGCAAAAUGUACUGUACACCUGACUUUUUUAAAAGGUAAAAAAAAGAAAAUGUCCUUUUAAUGUAUUACAACUUGAUUCUCGUAACAUUUACAACUUUUGUCUUCUAACAUCCAUUCAUCCAUCCAUUUUCUUAGCCGCUUCUCCUCACAAGGGUCGUGGGAGUGCUGGAGCCUAUCCCCGCUGUCAUUGGGCAGAAGGCGGGGUACACCCAGCCAAUCGCAGGGCACAUACAAACAAACAACCAGUCGCACUCACAUUGACACCUACGGGCAAUUUAGAGUCCUCAAUCAACCUGUCUUGUAACAAUGCAACUUUAUUCUUAUAACAUUACCACAAACAAAACUUAGUUCUUGUAAACAUACUUAAUUCACUUUUACAGCACUUUUUUCUUUUCAGGGUGGCCCCUAUUUUUUUACAUUUGUCUUGUGGGGACAUUUUACAGUAAAACUGUUUUUGUUUUUUUUUCGGGUUUUUUUCUGGUAAUAGCUCGUAAUUAGGUCACGUCAAAAUACCACAACAGAGCUUUAACGCCCUCUGGUGCACGAUGAAGAACAUAUUGUAUAGAAUUCCUUUACCUUAAAUACUGAUGAUGCCUUUUAAGAAUAAAUUAUCUUUUAGGCUUUGCUGUUAUUUUCUAUUUCAAACAACAUGUGACAUUUUUCAUUCUGGUUUUCUGUACAGCCCUUUUGUUUUGUGCCUUAGCAGAUUUUAGCAGACAGAUUUUAUACUAGCCUAUGACACGUAGGAUUAGCUUUACUUGACAAACUGUGACUGGAGCUAAUGUAUCGCUUAAACAUUUUGGUGAAUCCAGCUGAGCAUUGUAUGCACCUAGAUGGGCAUUACUGAAACUGGAUUAAUAAAUCUACAAAGGUAUAAAUCUUUAUUAUUCAAGAGUAGAAUACUCAAUGAAACAUACAAGUAUGGAUUUGUGAUUACGGUCAAUAUCGCAGAGAGAAGCACUCACACAUUAGAUGGGUGUGAAAGAACAAAGUGGUAAACAACAAUAUGAAGCACUAAAAGGGCUGGAACGUCAACCUACACUUUAAGAUCCAGCUGGUCAUAUUUCUUUUUCAUUAAAAUGUCUAGAAACCUCCAUGAAAACAGUACUGUCAUGUUUUCACACAAGUAAUAAUUUUGUCUUAUUACCUUACGCAUGAUGCUGGUUAAAAAAAUACAAAUAAAAUAUGUGAUGAUGUGCAACAGGCUGUU